UACUUCUCAAAUUUGCCUUUUCCCUCGGUUCUUGUGAUACCUGAAGGGAACCAGAACUGCAUCUCUUAUUAUCGUGCACCAAUAUAUUUUUCCUACUCCCGUUGUUCAAUUGUCAAGAUGACAACUCAAACCCCGCCUCCAUCCGCAGACCCCGCGUCUCAAAAGAUCUUCACAAUCGGCACGCGCAAAUCCAAGCUCGCCCUUCUGCAAACAGAUCUUGUUCUUGCAGCCCUCAAGGAGCGAUUCCCAGAUUAUACCUUCAAGAUCCACUCGCGUGAGACCGCCGGUGAUCAGAACACAACCAUUGCGCUUCGAGACUUUACCACCAAAAACCUAUGGACACAGGAACUCGAGGAUCUCCUAGAAGCUGGAUCUGUCGAUCUUAUUGUGCAUUCCUUGAAAGAUGUUCCCACCCUUUUACCGACCUCCUGCACCCUUGGCCCCAUGAUGAAACGGGAAGAUUCAAGAGAUGGAUUAGUCAUCAAGAAGGGUCUGCCGAAUAUGAGUUUGGCUGAAAUGCCGGCAGGUUCAGUCGUUGGAACAUCUUCCAUCCGCCGCACCGCCCAACUCGCUCGGAAAUACCCGCACCUGAAGGUGAUGGACGUUCGUGGCAACAUCGGCACUCGGCUUGCUAAGCUUGAUGCAGAGGAUAGUCCGUACACUUGUCUUAUCCUGGCUGCCGCAGGCUUAUUGCGUCUGGGGCUCGGAGAUCGCAUCUACCAGUACUUGGACUCAAGGAACGCGGGGAUGCUGUAUGCCGUGGGUCAGGGAGCAUUGGGCAUUGAGAUUCGCAAAGGAGAUAAGGCCAUGGAGGAUAUUCUGAACACUAUUGGUCAUAAGGAGACAACCUUUGCUUGUCUAGCUGAGAGGAGUCUCUUGCGGACUCUAGAGGGUGGUUGCAGCGCGCCGCUAGGAGUAGAGACUGAGUGGAUUCAGGACACUAACGGGUCAUCGAAACUGCGGAUGAGGUCUGUCGUCGUCAGCGUGGAUGGUAGUGAACAUGCUGAGGUCGAGAUUGAUGGAACAGUUGACUCACCUCAGUCUGCUGAAGAAUUCGGUGUCACGGUAGCCAAAGCCCUGGUCAACGAAGGAGCCGGGAAGAUUCUCUCAGAAAUCCAGCAAAACAGACAGCUGAAGGUUCCCGUUUCGGAGUCAACCUAA